CCUACUGAACGUCCAUGGAAUUGCCUUGCGAACAGCCUCAGCCACACGUCAAUGCCAGCAGUGGCACGUCAGCUGCAGAGGUUCGCGGCUCGCGCAGUCUCGAAGGCGGCGAAGAGCUGCCUUUUUGCUCAGGCCCGACGCGAGAACAAACCAUAGCAACGAGGGCAGUUAGACAGCCCUCAGGACUGAGCCCCGCCGGCUGACGAUAUUGGGGACACCUUUUCUCGGAUUAAAUCGCACCGAUGAGAGCCGCCUCGUUGCAUGCUGGGGCUUGUAGUGCUGGGGUGCUCCGUGAGCCAAGCAUCUGAAUGGAAGCAGGAACUACCAAUCCCAGCAGCUCCUGCGAACGCAGACUACAGCGUACGAAGCCUAAAACUGCUUAAGCCCUUUUGAAAUGCCCAAUUUUGGACUGCCGGGUUCCGGGAGGAGGGGACUUUCGGCUGCGGCUGGAGAGUUACUUUGUAACAGAGCGAGCUGCGGCGGCUACUGGGCUUGACUGCGCUUAAGAGGCCAAGAGAAGCGACGUCAAGGAAUCGCUCUUCUUCUGUUUCCAUUCCCUGAAAUGUACUAUGGAACAUGCUGGAGAACAUGAAACAUGCCUUGAGUCAGACCAGAUGUACUGUGUCGAGAGGCGAGUGUAUAAUCAAGGAGCCCUGCAAGGGCAGCUGCACCAGAAGGAAAAGACAUCUCUGCCUCUUAGCCAAAAGAUAGCACAUUCUUGUCGUUUUUCUUCCAAGAAAGCCAAAUCUGUUCUCUUUCGAUUUUUACCCAUUUUAAAAUGGCUUCCCCGCUAUCCAGUGAAGGAAUAUUUGCUGGGAGACAUUAUCUCAGGUAUAAGCACUGGAGUCAUGCAGCUUCCUCAAGGGUUAGCUUAUGCAAUGCUGGCAGCUGUGCCUCCAGUAUUUGGUCUGUAUUCUUCAUUUUAUCCAGUCUUUCUAUAUACUUUUUUUGGAACCUCCAGACACAUAUCAAUAGGAACAUUCGCUGUAAUCAGCCUGAUGAUUGGUGGAGUUGCUGUUAGAGUAGCUCCUGAUGAAAUGUUUAACAGUAUGGACACCAAUUCUACCAAUAGUACCGACAGCUUAAAAGAAGACCUGAGGGUGAAAGUUGCUGUCGCAGUCACCUUGCUCUCGGGAAUCAUACAGUUGUGUUUAGGUUUCCUUCGAUUUGGAUUUGUAGCUAUUUAUCUGACGGAACCCCUGGUACGGGGAUUCACCACUGCUGCUGCUGUGCACGUCUUUACCUCCCAAUUAAAGUAUCUUCUUGGAAUCCAGACAAAAAGAUUCAGUGGACCCCUCUCAGUUCUCUAUAGUUUAAUUGCUGUGUUCUCAAACAUCACAAAGACCAACAUUGCAGCUCUAGUUGUUGGACUAAUUUGCAUGGUUUUGUUAUUGAGUGGUAAAGAAAUCAAUGACCGCUUUAAAAAGAAGUUGCCUGUUCCUAUCCCCAUGGAGAUCAUUGUGGUAGUAAUUGGUACUGGAGUUUCAGCUGGAAUGAAUCUGAAAGAGACAUAUGGAGUCGAUAUUGUAGGUUAUAUCCCCAAAGGGUUACGUCCUCCAGCAGUACCUGAUAUUCGCCUCAUCCCAGCGGUAUUUGUGGAUGCAAUUGCAAUUGCAAUUGUUGGAUUUUCUAUGGCAGUCUCAAUGUCUAAAAUAUUUGCUCUAAAGCAUGGUUAUACAAUUGAUGGAAAUCAGGAACUCAUUGCGUUAGGCAUAUGUAAUUCUACAGGAUCCUUUUUCCAGACCUUUGCUAUCACUUGCUCGAUGUCUCGGAGUCUUGUCCAAGAAAGUACUGGAGGAAAAACUCAGAUUGCUGGCACUCUGUCUUCAAUCAUGGUUCUCUUGGUCAUUGUUGCUGUUGGCUACCUCUUUGAACCACUUCCACAGGCUGUGCUUGCGGCAAUUGUAAUGGUCAAUUUGAAAGGCAUGUUCAAACAGUUUGGAGAUAUUGCACACUUCUGGAGAAUUAGCAAGAUUGAACUGGCUAUCUGGAUUGUAGCUUUUCUGGCCUCUGUUCUUCUGGGACUAGACUAUGGCUUGCUUGCUUCCGUAGCUUUUGCCAUGAUUACCAUAGUGUACAGAACACAAAGUCCACAAUACAGAAUCCUUGGUCAGAUUCCAAAUACCGAUAUUUAUUUUGAUGUGGAAGAGUAUGAAGAGGUGAAAGAAUGCCCUGGCAUCAAAAUAUUCCAGGCAAAUACCUCACUCUAUUUUGCCAAUAGUGAAUUAUAUAUAAACGCACUGAAGAAAAAGACUGGUGUUGAUCCCUGUGAAAUAUUGGCAGCAAGGAAAAAAGCCCAGAAAAGGCACACGAAGGAACUACAGCAUCUUCGAGAGCAUGAGAAGAAAGCUGUCCUAAGACUGACUAACGAUGUAGAUAACAGUGUGAAACAUGAAGUGAUGAACGAUGAACUAGCGCUCAAUGGAAAAACCUUAGCAACAGAAGCUGCUACACAAGAAUUCUCUCCUGAUGAACUUGAACAUUUUAUGAAGCCAGUGACCAACAUUCACUCAAUCAUUUUAGAUUUUUCACCAGUGAACUUUGUGGAUUCCGUUGGAGUAAAAGCCUUAAAAUCAAUCAUAAAAGAAUAUGAGGAAAUUGGUAUUUCAAUAUACGUAACUGGCUGCAAUGGGUCUGUUGUGGACAACCUUGCUAGACUGCAGUUUUUUGACAAAGCUCCCUUUAGAGACUUGCUGUUCCCCAGUAUUCAUGAUGCUGUACUCACCAGCCAAGUGAAAGGAGCCUCUGCCUUGCAAACACCUUUAAAUGUUGUCAUUUCGACACCGACAUCCUAAGCUGAGAACAGUAUGGAGAUGCACUGACUUGUUUCCAAGGGCUCGUCUUACCAUUUACUUAAUUUGCACAGAUUAUACAGAGCCAAGACCAGCCAUUCUUACGGGUAUGUGACACAGUAGUGAGGCAGCUUGCUUUCUGCCAGAAUACUGUCCGAGGAAUUCGAAGCCUUAAUACUCUCAAAACAUGUUUUUUUUGACUGAAUUCAGUGUAGUCUGAAAAAGUGUGCAUGUGUUUGUCUACGAUUGAAGAACCAUGUAUUUUCCUUCAAGCAUUCUAGAGUAUCUUGGAUUUUUGUGGUGGUUCACUAAUGUGCCAACACAUUAUAUUGCAGUAUGUCUACUUUUUUUUUUUAGCACUGUGUUUUACUGAAGAGUGUGCAAGGGACAGGAGUAGGAGUGGGGAGGCAAUCAUAUUGAUCCCUGCUCUCCCUUGAAAAUUAUGUCUUAGUGCCACACUGGCAGAUUUUUCUGUAAAAUAUUCUCAAACCAACUACAUGUGAACUGCAUUGUGCGAGGGUCUUAAAGGAUUCCGACUGGUUUUCAAAAACUAGUGUCUCUAGAUCUGUUGUAGCAGCUUUUAAAAAUAUAUGAGGAACAACUUUGUGCAGCUAGGUAAGUUAAAAACUUUCAGUGCAGAAGUCCAAAUUUUAAUCUUAGGAGUACAAAGAUGGACAUGAAAGUACCAUUGUCUGUGUCCUUUAGAGUCAUGUUAUCAACCCAUUUUGCUCAAGAACUAAUUUUUAUUUUAAAAACUGUAAAAGAUCACUUUUACUGUACAUUACUGCACUUACCAGAGGGCGAGUCCUGAAACUGUCUUAGAGCUAGCUAGAAGUGAGUUGGAGAACACAGCAGCCAGUCUAGUUUAAAAAAAAAAUCCACAAAAAGGCACAUGGCUCAAAACACAACUGGCCGGCAGUAGCCUUUGUCUGAACUGUACCUUAUAAUGGUUUUCCAGCUGUUGCUGAGCUACACCUAUCUACUCCCGUGAUGAGAGAUGUUGUUCAGCAACAGCAGGAGCUGCUGGGUUGGCAACUGCACGAUAAGGCAUGUUUAAAGCAGGUGCUUGAACUUCUCCUGUUUGAAAUGAACAGGAUUUAAAGAUCUUUUCCAAAUGUGCAUCACUGGAAUGCAGUCUUGCUAUAUACUACAGAUUAGUAAAGGGCUUAAAGUGGGGCAGAUUUUGCUCUGUAGAAAAUACCCAAAGCAAACCCAGGUAGGGUUGCGAACAAGAUUUUUAUGGCCCAACAUACUGAGAGCUCCUCUUAUGUUCUGGUUUCCCUAAGUGAUUCACUCAUACCUCCAUCUGUGGCCUGGGUAAAUUCAGUUGCUGACCAUGGGGGGGGGGAAGAUUCAUUCUACUCCAUCCAAAAAAAGGGGGGGGGGUUCAAGGAACUGGGCCAAUUUUCAGUUUAUACAAAUACUGCUUAGCUCUGUUACACUGAAGAGAAGUAUUUUGAUACAAAGUAGGCGGCAUCCCCUGCAAUUCUCUCAUUUUAUAUUGAUGGCGGUACAUUAGAAUCGAGUGGGGUGAGGUGAACUUCUGGAGCUACUCAGAACACAUUGUGAACACGUGUAGCCAAUUAAUAUUUGAUACAUUUUGUAACAUGAAUUUUGACUGUCCUGUUGUCUUAAUGUACAGUAUAUUUUGCCUACUGUCUGCUUAAACAUUGUUGCUUUUUAUAACCAAACAGGAUUUUAAAGCAUACAGAUUGAAAAAUAAAAAGCCAUUCAGACAA